AUGGAUGACACAGCAAUCUUUGGAAGGUUGGUCGAAAAAUUCAGCGCAAAAAGCUCUGAAGUCGAUAUGGAGAACUAUGGGAAUGAGAUAUUGCAGACUCUGAUGGACCUGGAGUCGGAGAUGAAACCAGAUCCUUAUUACAUCGACAAACAGAUCCAGAUGGACUGGUCACACCGGUCGACUCUUAUAGAAUGGAUUGCGGAAGUCCACCAACGUCUACACCUCGUCCCCGAGAUGCUCUUUCUCUGCGCAAACUGUAUCGACAGAUUCCUUUCUUGCAAAACUAUUAACAUUGAGAGGUUACAACUAGUCGGUAUUACCGCCUUGUUCAUUGCUGCCAAAUACGAAGAAGUGAGGCCGCCUCCUAUUACCGAUAUGAUCUAUUGGGCCGACGACAGCUGCACGGACACGGAAUUAAAGAGUGCAGAGCGUAUGAUGCUCUCCAAACUCGAGUUCCAGCUGGGCAGGCCAAGUCCCAUUGAUUUCUUUGCGUGGAUUGGCCAAACCGGUGGAUACUCUCCAAAAGCACAUGCCGUCACACAGUACUUCUUAGAGGUCACCAUAAUCGAUGCGUGUUUCCUGAAUCAUCCUCCAAGCCUGAUCGCUGGUGGUGCUUAUGCUCUGGCACGGAUCAUGCUCAGCGAAGAUUCUCAAGUACGUUCUGUUCAUUGCUGGGUUGCUGCAUCGCUGACUCGUGCCUUAGUCCCGAGCUCAUAUCUCUUGUCUGGGAUACACUUCUGCUGA